AUGUGGACGCAGCGGCCAGAGGAACAUAGCGAAAACCCGAAUCUUAUAAUUUGGUGCGCUAAGAUUGCGUUAGAAAAGCGCCAUAAAGAUGAGAUUUGGGGUAAGACGGAGUGGCGUAAUAUUGUGCUUGAGAUCCCCAGAUCAACCGUAGCAGUUGGUUCCGAUAUUUACGUAAUUGGUGGAUGGGAUGAGCUAACUUCCUCAGUUAGGAUGCUUGAUUGUCGAAGUAACACAUGGCGUGACGGGCCUAACAUGACGGUAGCUCGAAUACUUCAACAUGCGGUUCUCAUCAACCAGGAAAUAUACGUGAUGGGAGGUUGCGAUGUUGACAAUUGGUUUGAGGUAUUGGACAUAAAGACUCAGACUUGGAGAGCCUUGCCGAGUCCUGGUGCGGGUCAUGAGCUUUGCCUUAACAAUAUUGAGGUUAACCCUGAUGCUUUUAUAGGAAAGCUUUACGUAGCGUCACGUGACAAUGACUACACUUAUGAUCCCAAAGAUGGUUCAUGGAAAAUUGUAAGAGAGGAAUCAAGUCGGAUACAUUUGUUAUAUUCGUGUGUGAUAGAUAAUGUAAUGUACAUUUAUCUGGGGCAUAUUAAGUGGUAUGACUCUGAGGGUAGAGUGUGGAGAGAGAUCAAGGGUUUGGAAAGACUUUGUUCAGGUACAAAACAAAUCCACAACAGUGGUGGGAAACUUGUAGCUAUAUGGACGCAGGUUCAUGAGAAAGAUAGUGAAAACAGGAAAUCUAAUGUUUGGUGCGCUAAAAUUGCGUUAGAGAAUCGCCAUAAAGAUGAGAUUUGGGGUAAGACGGAGUGGCUUAAUAUUGUGCAUGAGAUCCCCAGGUCAUAUUUAUUCUCUAAAUGUGUAGCCGUUUCGGUUUGA